AUGAAUCACAGGAUGGUCACAUAGAGGUGUCAUGUGAUUGGUUGAGAUGAGCAGACUCUUGUCCAAGAUGACAAGAUCAUCAUUUUUUUUUUGUUUGUUUGUAGAACAUGAUGCAUUUUAGUUCCAUAGUUCAGACCCCUCCCCUCAAUAUCCAGCCACCCAGCAGUCCUCUCCGCCCGCAGGUGGGCAGUCAGGGAUGUGAGGUGAGGAAUGGCGUGGAGGACCUGUUUUUGUCUUUGCAGCAAAGCGAGGGAGAGAGGAUAGAACUGAAGAGAAAAAGGGGGAGUCCAUUCAUCCACCCAUUCUUCUUUCCCUCCACCCCUCCACGCCCAAACCCUGAGGACGGCUGCAUGCUGACCAGAGAGCGAGAGGAGAGAGGAGGGCCGGGUCUUGCUGAUCAGGGAUCAGUGGCGAUCAGUCUUUGUAGUGAUCAGUGA